CACGAGUCAUGUUCGAACAAGAUCUCCAGUCUCGCCGAAUCGAAGCACGUGAGCCCAUAGGUUUAAGGCUUUUACUUCGCCGAGGUUCUUCCGAUCAUGUCAAAAAAAAUUCAAGAAAGUGGGACCCACUCGCUUCCUGAAUGGGCUUGCCCUAAGGACCACAAGUUCUUUCCUCUGCAACAUUCAGUGUCAGCCUCCAACAGUCGAGCAACAUUCACCUCCGCCGUCUUUAUUCCUUCCAAGACGUCCGACACAUAACCUUCAAGAUGACCAAGCGAACAAAGAAGGUCGGUGUUACCGGUAAAUACGGUACCCGUUACGGUGCUUCCCUGCGAAAGCAGGUCAAGAAGAUGGAAGUCACCCAGCACGCCAAGUACACCUGCACUUUCUGCGGAAAGGUCACCGUCAAGCGACAGGCUACCGGCAUCUGGGAUUGCAAGUCUUGCAAGCGCACCGUUGCUGGUGGUGCUUACACCGUUGCCACACCUGCUGCCGCCGCCAUGCGAUCGACUCUGCGACGUCUCCGAGAGAUUGCUGAGGUUUAAGGAUGGACUCUAGCGGAAGGAGAAAACGGCUUUGCUUUUCGGUAUGGUGUACGGGGGAUAUGGAUUUCGUGCCUACACUACGAGUUGACGAUCUGGACGUCAACACCCGAUCUUCGAUCACAUAGAAGCCGAUCGAUUAGCAAUGAACAAAAAAGAAUUGCAGGCUUCGGACCCAUUCAACAACUCUCCCGCCCCGUGCAAGUACAAAAUUAACAGAACUUUGUUGUCAUCUUUCAGCCAUCACAGGAGUCUACCCAUCGCCCAGAAACUGGACCAAGCGAUUCGAACAGGCCGGCUCCCAAGUGUCUACAUCAUGAGCUCCAUGUCAGGACCGUAUCUUGCGCCGCAGCAGGUUCUCCGUCACUCUCGGCUGCGUACAGUGGGGCUCACAAGUGUGGUAGAAUAUUCUUUUUGAAGUAACCAGAGCCGAUUUCGACAACAUUCAUGUCUGAUCCGAUUCCCCUCGAGGGACCUGAGCUGCGAUAUCUCUUCCUGCCUCGGAUCAGCCUAAAUAUUUGAACUCUCUUAAACCCCAUAGUACGACCUUGAUUGGGCCCAUUAUUUUCUGUAGUCUGAACUUCUGAACUCUUAACAAGACAUAGCUGGCAAGAGACACAUGUUGCGGGCAGAAAUAUGAUUCAUGCGGUUUUCAGCGAUAAAACACGCCCGGCUAAUACACUGGGACAUUGUCGAAGCAGCUAAGUAAAACGUAUUGUGGAGGGCAGUAUGAUAAGUGGAAGUCAUAAAUACUCAACAUGGACAGUGUCUUGCCACGAGAUCUGACGGUAAGCCUGGUCUGUGGAUGGGUUCUGACUUCAUGGGCCAUGGCAAGUUUGCAUCAUAUCUUUCUGGGUUUCUGUAUUGCACUAAAUUUGGGUGCCUGCCGUCUCAGUGUUGAUCUUCAAUUGUGACUCAAGAUACUGCCACCCUCGACAGUGUCUAUGGAUACGUAUCUUUCACUCAUUAAAGGUGUUGUGUUAUUGUGCAGCCACCCGUGAAUCUCCCUCGCUUGAAGCACUAUUC